CGAUUGUUUUUGCCCGAGUUCAAUCUGGGUCACCCGCGGCUUAGUUCCAGCUGUGAUGGAAACUCGUGCCGGAAAAUGUCGCCCACUGUUUUCGAAUUUGAUCGCCCUCGUAUAGGGAACUCGAAUACGAUAUUCAAGAGCGGGCAUUUGCUCAAAUUAUCAAAAGGGUUAGGGUGGAAGCCUUGGAAGAAGCGUUGGUUUAUACUUACUCGCACUGCUUUGGUUUUCUUCAGGAAUGAUCCAAGUGCAUUGCCACAUUGUGGUGGUGAAUUAAAUCAGGUAAUGGGUGGCAUCAAGCUAAAUAAUUCAGGAAGGGUUGUCGUUAGAGAAUACAAGAAGCUGCUAAAUGUUCUAUUUCGCGAUGGAUGGUCAUUCACACUUAAGUCUGAAACAUCUGAGGACUUGUAUGAGUGGAAGACGGCCCUUGAACAUGCUCUUGCACAAGCGCCAAAUGCUGCUCUUGUGAUGGGGCAAGAUGGGAUCUUUAGAAGUGAUACAAAUGGGAAAGACAACCGACCAGUGAAGUCUUUGGUUGUUGGACGCCCAAUAUUGCUUGCAUUAGAAGAUACAGAUGGAGGUCCGUCCUUCCUGGAGAAAGCGCUUCGGUUUCUUGAGAAAUAUGGAAUUAAAGUAGAAGGAAUUCUGCGGCAGUCUGCAAGUGUUGCAGAAGUGGACCGAAGAGUUCAAGAAUAUGAACAAGGGAAGACUGAAUUUGAUCCAGUGGAAGAUGCUCAUAUUAUUGGUGACUGUGUCAAGCAUGUACUUCGAGAGCUACCUUCAUCACCAGUUCCUGCUUCCUGCUGCACUGCAUUGUUACAAGCUUAUAAAGAAAUUGAUCGGAAGGAAGCUCGGGUUAAUGCAAUGCGCUCUGCCAUAUUGGAAACCUUUCCUGAACCCAACAGACGCCUCUUACAGAGAGUCCUCAAGAUGAUGCACACAGUUUCUUCUCAUGCUUCUGAGAAUCGGAUGACACCUUCAGCAGUUGCUAUUUGUAUGGCUCCAUUGCUGUUGCGCCCUCUUUUAACUGGUGAAUGUGAACUAGAGAAUGGCUACGAUACUAAUGAAGAUGGUUCUGCUCAGCUUCUAGCUGCAGCCAAUGCUGCUAAUGCUGCCCAAGCUAUCAUCACUACACUUCUGGAGGAGUAUGACAAAACUUUUGAUGAUUAUAGUAUGCACAGGUGCUCGAUCUCUGUAGAUUCUAAACCCGAUAACAGUGGAAGUGAAGAUACAAGUGAUGAUGAAAAUGCAGAUGUAAAAGUAAAUGGUUAUCAUGAUGCUGUAAAUGAAGUCGACCCUGAAACAGAUAUUGUUUCUGAUCGAAGACACAGUGGGAAGUUAAGUGAAAGCAGUGGCUCGGCUGCUAGUGAUCUUUAUGACUAUAAGGCUGUAAGAAAUGAUGAUUCAGAUGACAAGAUUCCCAUGUACAAUAAUAAUAUGGGAACAGAACUAGAUGUGGCAUUGGACACUAGAUCUAAUAGCAACUCUAAGACUUCAGUAAAUGACCAACUAGACCAAUUGAAUGCACAUGGGAAUUUGACAGAUGCCUCUACUGCGAAACCUGCCAAUGAGUCUCAGCGGUCUGCAGGAGAAAUUUUUUCAUCUAUGAAUCAAGAACUGCAUCAGUAUUUUCCUGGAUCUGAACUAUCGGGUGAGAAGAUGGUACCCAAAAUUACCGAUACUAAUAUUGGUAGCGCACAGAAGUCAACAUUUUGGGGAAAGAAAAAUGCAAGAAAAACCCUUUCAUCAGAAUCCAUAGAUUCGUUUGGAGAGGAAGGGCUUGCCAUUCAGAGGCUGGAGAUUGCAAAGAAUGAUCUACGCCACAGAAUCUCAAAGGAGGCAAGAGGAAAUGCGAUUUUGCAAGUUAGCCAGGAGAGAAGGAAGCAAGCUUUGCUUGAGCGGCGCUUGGUGCUUGAACAAGAUGUAGCAAGAUUGCAAGAACAAUUGCAAGCUGAGAUAGACUUACGAGCUGCUCUGGAAGUUGGCUUGAGCAUGUCUUCUGGGCAAUUUUCUGGCUCUCGAGGCAUGGAUUCUAAGACUAGGGCUGAGCUUGAGGAGAUAGCUCUUGCUGAAGCAGAUGUAGCCAGAUUGAAGCAGAAAGUUGCUGAACUUCACAACCAGUUAAAUCAGCAACGGCAGCACCACUCUGGUUCUUUGUCUGAUGCUUGUGAUAGAUACCCACACACAGCAAACCAAACAUCUCAGAAGAAUUUUAUCAAGCAUGGUUUUGAAUCUUUUGAUACAACAUUUGCUGUUUAUAACCGUGAAAGAAGACAAAGGACAGAGGAGUCAAUGGGAUCGGAUGAGAGAAAUAUUAAAGGACAACUGUUGCCGUAUGGCAGCAAUGGUAGGCCGCCUUCUCGCAAGCAGUUAAUUGAACCACCAAGCUUGAGUGAUUCUAAAAGUACCGAGACCUCCACAAGUCUAGCCAUGGAUGAUUUUCCAGUUGUGGAGUCGAGCAAGAAAAUGGAUUAUCGGCUGCGACUUGGAACCUCAUCAGCUUUGGUAGAACUAACAAGCCAUCUCGACUUCGUCAGAGCAAGGAGGUCACAGUUGAUGGAGCAACUCCACAACCUGGAUCCGAACCACAGUUCCACAACUCAAGAUUCUGUGUAUUAACUGUCGUCGCCACCAUGGCACUGGCGACAGGUGCUUCUGUUGUGUUUUUGAAUGGUUAAACUUAAUUGUGUUUUAUAUUGCCAUUCUCUUGGAACAACAAUGCUGCUCUGUAUGUUUGCCUUUUUGACAAACAUUUUUGUAGUAUGUAAUUGAGCCCGUUUGACUCAGCUUGGGUUUUAAAAAAGUUUGAUGGAAUGUUUAUUUGACUUUUAUAUAUUAAUUUUAUAAUAAAAUGUGAAUGUGAUAA